AUGUCAGAGGGAAAUAAGGAACUAGCUGUUGUUAAUGAUUAUAAACAUAGAUUUGUUGGUGUUCGCAAAUGCGAUCAACUUUUAAAGUGGCGCUGCUCUUCUGACAAAAAUUGCACCACUUUUAUUUUUUCAAAUUCAGAAAAAAAAAUAGUUCUUGACUCAAAAGGUGAACAUAAUCAUCCGGAUGACACUCCUAAUAAAAUAGAAAAACAAGUACUCACAGAAAAUUGUAAACGACGAGCAGAGGAAUCAGUUUCUAGUAAACCUUUCAAAAUUAUUUAUACGGAGUUACUCCAAACUCCAGUGUCGUCGGCAAUAAGACACCGUGUCAUUAAAUCCGUAAGUAAAGUAGUGUAUGAUCAACGAAGAAAACAUUUUCCUGUACUUCCAUCAUUAUGCUUUACAACAACUGAGGAUUUUAAAAUCUGA